AGCGCCCCGGCUGCUCACUCACCCUUGGGCUGAAUUAAAGGGCCAUACACUGUUGAAAGAUUUAAAUGAAGAUGAGUUGACAAAAAGACAUAUUAUUUUAGGUCAACAUUAUUGAGGUCAACAUGGUGACCGUCUCCCCAGAGCCCCAGCACGAGACCCAUGAGGUGAUCUCACCUGCUGAACUCCCAUCGGAGGUCAACAAGGUGACCUCUUCCCCAGAGCUCCAGCAUGAGACCCACGAGGCGGUCUCAUCCCCAGAGCUCCAGCAUGAGACCCACAAGGUGGUCUCAUCUCCAGAGCUCCAGCAUAAAGUCAAGUUCCUGCUAGAGGUCAACAAGGUGACCUUCCAAUCCAUGUUCCUGUCUGAGGUCGUAGAGACUGCCUCCCAAGCCAUGUUCCUGUCUGAGGUCGAAGAGAUGACCUCUCCAGCCAAGUUCCUGUCCGAGGUCAAAGAGACGACCUCUCCAGCCAAGUUCCUGUCCGAGUUCGAAGAGAUGACCUCUCAAGCCCAGUUCCUGUCCGAGGUUGAAGAGACGACCUCUCCAGUCAAGUUCCUGUCCGAGGUCAAAGAGAUGACCUCUCAAGCCCAAUUCCUGUCCGAGGUCGAAGAGACGACCUCUCAAGCCGAGUUCCUGUCCGAGGUCGAAGAGACGAUCUCUCAAGCCAAGUUCCUGUCUGAGGUCGAAGAGAUGGCCUCGCAAGCCAAGUUCAUGUCUGAGCUCAAUGAGGUGACCUCCCACGCCAAGUUCCAGCUAAAGGCCGACGAUGUGACCUUCCACACCAAGUUCCAGUCUGAGAUCGACCAUGUGACCUUCUAUGCCAAGUUCCAGUCUGAGAUUGACGAUGUUACUUUCCAUGCCAAGUUCCAGUGUGAGAUCAACAAGGCGACCUCCCACACCAAGUUCCAGUCCAAGGUCGCUGACAAAGACAACCAAGUUAUGCUCACACCUGAGUCUGUUGACACGACCAACCAAGUUCUCCUCAUGCCUGAAGCCAACGUCACGACCAACAAAGUUUUGCUCAUGCCUGAAUCCAACGUCACAACCAACCAAGUUCUGCUCACGCCUGAAGCCGACGUCAUGACUGACCAAGUUCUGCUCACGCCUGAGUCUGUUGACUCAAACAACCAAGUUCUCCUCAUGCCUGAAACCAACGUCACGACCAACCAGGUUCUGUUCACACCUGAAGCUGACGUCACGAUCUAUUCAAUUCAAUUCAAUUCAAUUUUAUUUGUAUAG